AUGGCGGAUUCAACCUCAUUUGAGGUAAUACCCAUACCGGAGCAAACGCUCAGGAAGCUGUCCAAAGAUAUAGUGGGCAUCUUUCCUAAAUUUACAGAUCAGGAAACAGUCAGUGGCGUGAAAAACUUGCACGCUGUUAUAGAUCCCCUACUAGAUACAGCGGCUUCGCCCGAACUCGGCUCGGGACACCGAGCGGCCGUUUGUAAUGUCCUGUGCGCUAUUCUUGAGAGAUGCCAGGCGCUGGAGUUACCGUAUGUGCAGGAUGCCAUCUUGGACGAUUCUAUAUGGUCGAGGGCUUUCAAAAUCUAUCUCGAGAAGUCGGAUGGUGCCAAGGGAAAAUCCGUUAGACAGGUCUUGGUGACACUUACAAGCAUUCUUCUUCGAAACCAAACUACGCGGGCGUACGAACUACAGGAAUGGGCCAUAGCUAAUCUUGUUGACAUAAUAUGUCUAAGACAGGACCGCUCGAAAGUCAAGCCAGCCUUACAAGGCCUUGCUCAUUUCAUACAAAAGGACAUUGCAACCAUUCCUCGGCUCAUGGCUGUCCACGCGAACAUUGUCGGCAGCACCUCCGGCCUAUCAGUGGCCGGGCCGGACAUCCAGCCCUUAUUUUCCGUACUUCUCGCUUGGAUAGUACACCAUGACACGUCGCUCUCGGCGGGUCACGUGGUCAAGAAUUUCCUCGCUCAGCUGCGUCGAACAUCACAUCAGGGCCCGACCACUGUUCACGACUCUGUUGCUACCGUAUGGAUGAAGCCAGUGGUAGACUGCCUUCACCAGUGGCCGGAUCGUAUACAGGAGUUCAAGACGCAUGUUUUUCCACACUGCUUUCUACCGAAUGUGGAGGAAUAUGUUCACUUUCUGUCCUAUCUGCAUUUCCCCCGCCACGUGGACUCAAGGGGACCUAUCCCUGAAGAAUUGAGUGCAUAUUCAAUGGAGAGAAAUGUUCUGGAAGAUUUUGAAGAGUUUAGGAUACUACUCGCUUCCAUCCAGACUGGCAAAGAACUGGGCGUUCUUAAAGACACUGAUUAUCGUAUUCAGAAGACCAUAGAGAUUGAGCAAGAUGCUUUGAUCCUUCCCGACGAUAUAUUCGGCGGUUGGCUCUCCCACAUGGAGAGUGAGGUUCGUCUAGCUGGGCUAUUCCUCUGCGUAUACUCUACCAACGUGACGCGGACCAUUACUGGCGGCAUCUUCAAGUCUCUGCAAAAGAACUUGCUGCAUCUACAUACCGAUCCUGACGUCAACUUUCGGAGGGAACUGAUUAGCUACAUCCAGAGGUUGUUCAAUCGCCUUCGAGGCAGCACGGCGACUCUCGCCAAAUUUCGCAACGAGACACUCAGAAAAGGCGAGGGUCGUCAUCCAUUUCCUGAAGGAAGCCCCGUCCAUCAGAACUCUUCAACAGCCAAGGACCCGCUAGUAGAGUCGCUACGGUUCAUCACCUGGUACCUCAGCUUUAUUGAAGGAGAGAUCCGCUUAGAUGCUGCCUAUCAAAGGCGGAUAACGGGAUUGAGAGCACUCAUGGUUGUCCUGAAGUCUGGGGUUGACCCGCGCGUUCCUCAUCACUAUCUCUCUAAAGGUGCCCAGAGUCAAUUGCAUUGGGCCCAUGGAUUACAAUUGGCCAAUGUGGGGCUUAUUCGAAAGCUGCUGGAUAUGAUGCUCGACCCUUUCGAUGAUGUCAGGGACACAUCGGUCAGUAUCCUGCAGAUUCUUUUCGAAACAAUGUCGGAAGAAGGAAAACUUAAUAUGCUAUCAAUGCUGCCGCCUUUCAUCAAACGCGCCGAAGCUACCAUGCUGCGCACCGGACGUGCUGAUCACGCGGAUGGUUUGGCAAGAGCCUAUGCGCUUUAUCACUCUUGUGUCCCGACUUCACUAGAGUCGCGAGAACCCAGCAGCGUCACCGUUCUCAUCAAGAUCGAUAUUAUUCGGCGCCUCAACAAACAGUUGCAGGAAACACUCGAAAUAGCUCGAGAUGAUCUUGCUGAGGCGGUCAAUGGUCGCCCAGUUCAUGGGAUCUUUGCUGCCAUAAGAUAUAUUGUAGAUCAAGACGAGUUCUACAGCGAACUCGACAAGCUUGACGCUGACGGCUUCAAUGAGCUGAAAAAGAUCCACAACCAGCUUCUUGACGAUUGUACUACGAUGUGGAUCAUCGUCGAGAAUAUCCUUUCUGCAGACGCGCCCGAGGGACAUGUUCCUGAAGACAUGGAUGAAGAAGUUAGUCUUGACACAAAGGAGAUACUCAGUUACUCUUGGCGAGGCUUGAAGGAGGCAAGUACCCUUCUGAGAGUGAUCGCGACAAGAGCACCUAUAGGUAGGCAAGAUCGGGAUGUGAUAGAUCCAGCUCGGUUCGAGGAGCUCGGCCGAUCAUGUUUCACCCAGUUGAUCGAGCUUCGCCAUCGAGGUGCAUUCUCUGCGGUAGCUCAGACUUUCGCAGCGUUUUGUAGACGAACUUACUUUGUUGGCGACGAUGCUCUGAAGGCGCUACCCGAAAAGUGGUAUCAGGAAACGCUUUCUUCCAUUCAAGCCCAAGCCCACGCGAUCACUCGUCGCUCUGGUGGCAUUCCUGCACUCAUGGCCGGUAUUGUUGCUGCGGAGCCACAAUCAAGCGGAAAGCUGUUCCCGCAGGCGAUGCGGGAUCUCACCAAUGAAGCCACUGUAGAAGCAAAGAGCUCUAAUAUUGAAGAGAGCCGACUGCCGCAGGUACAUGCUUUGAAUUGCAUCAAGGAAUUUUUCAUGACCUCGAAACUUGGAGCAUCUUCUGAGGCUUUCAUCGGAGACGGCCUUGAGCUUGCCGCAAAGAUGAUCAAUUCUACCAUAUGGCCCAUCCGUAACUGUGGCCUCAUGCUCUUCAAAGCGCUCAUCGAGCGACUGCUGGGAAGCGAUGAGGCUCAGGAUUGGAAGGAGCGUGAAAUGACGAAGACCUCCCGUUUCUCAUACCAUAGCUACCCCAGCCUGGUUCGUAUCAUCGAGAAUCUUCUUAACCCAGAAGGCCCAAUCAAAGAAUCUCUCGAUAUACCCGGAAGCAAUUCGCCUAUGGAUUUGCAUGGUGCCGAAGGCGUUUUCCCCGCUCUUCAAAUUCUGAGGCAGGCAAUGCCACCUGAAGAGCAUCGAAUGACUAUAUUGCAGUCGAUCACGAAGCUCCUGUCAAGCCCACACUGGCACAUGCGAGAUAUGGCAGCCCGCACAAUCACCGCUCUAUAUCGACCAAGUGAGCUUUUGACAGGCGUAAAGUGGCUGUUAGACAACUUCGAGGAGUCUAGCAAUGCCAAGCAUGGAAAGCUGCUCUGUAUUAAGUACUGUGUCACAAGGGGACUGCAGAGUAGUGAUCAAGUCCAGGAAUUCCUCAAAGAGUCAAUGCUUCACUUGAGCAUCUGUGCACCUGCGUGGCAUACACAAACAUCCUGCCCUUAUGUCAAAGGAGCUUUCCUAGACCUUGUGAGCGUCUGCGGAAUGUUUAUCGUCGAGCAUGGCACGAAUGAGUCGGCGAUGAACGUGUGGACGGCGCUCACGAGUGCUGUUGGAGUUGGUCCUGACCAGACCUUCAACAUGAGCGUCGUGAGGGCUGAUGCCCUGCUUCAAAAAUCUACAGCUGAAGUUUAUUUCAUUGAUCGCUCUAUCAUUCGACCUGAUCAGAUUAGCGUUUACCUGUCGAAGGACUUCCAGGGCAUAGGAAACGCUCUCCAGUUGUUGGCCACAAAGAAUCCCGAUACGUGUAUAGCAGGUAUCGAUGCACUCCACGAAAUCAUCAAGCUUAAAACCCUCCGCGGCCCCAUUCUACAGCUCCCUCUCAUCCUCCACGACAUCUACCGCCUAACCCUGUCUGCCAUCGACCCAGAGGUACUCUCCAGAGCGCAGGACGUUCUCGCAGACGGGCUCUCCCAACUCGACAUGCCGCAGGAGGUCCUAGAUCUUAUCCGCGAACCCGACCUGCUUUCUACGCUCGACAAGCUUGAAGAGCAAUGCCUCUCUAACGCGCCUUCUAACUCACAGAGCGCCCUGCACCUACUCGGAUUCUUCCUGGACUGGACGUACAAAAACUGUCCUUCGCAGCGAGAGAGCCUCUGGCCCAGGAUAGCGCGAUACAUCUGCAUCCUGCGCAUGACAAUGGUCGACACGAAUCCAUUCGAUGCGCGCUUCGCCGCCGCAAACUCCAUUUGCGCACUCGACUCCAUCUGGCGCAUAUCUUCGUCGACCACGCCCACGCGACCACUCCUCCUCGGCCUCUCCCUCGUCCUCUACGACAUGCUCAACGAUGACGACGACGAGAUCCGCGACGCCGCCGCGCGCGCCACCACCGCGCUGCUGAAUGCGCACUCGCCGCCUAACACUCGCAUCGCGCCGAGCGUCCCGAUACUGACAUCGCACCGUCUCGCCACCUUCCUGACUACGCACUUCUCCACCUCACAGGACCUCUGCCGCGAAGCCCUCCGUCGCCUCACAGCAGCCCCGCUUCGCGCCCUGCUCUUCAACGUCCCAUUCGCCGAAACCCUCGCACAGGAACGAAAAGAAGAUACCACGCUCUUCGCGCAGGAGAAGCAAAACCUCUUCUUCGACCCUACGCUCGACGCGCUCUUCUGGUCGCGCGUGCUCUCCCGGUGCUCAGCGGGUGCUGCGCUGGCAACGCGCCUCGGCGCGUGGGUAGUGCAGGCACUCAUGCUGCUGAUCGAGACGAGCGAGAAGGAGGGCGAUGGCGCGCUGGGGUGGACGAGCAAGACGGAAGUUUCCACGCUGGGCAUGAGGGUGCUUUGUGCGGCGGAAGUAGCGCUGAGGUGGGACGUGCCGAAUGCCAUCGAGAUCCGGGAGCUCUUGAACAGGUUCGUGGUCGUGGGGGAAGCGAAGGAGGUAAAUGGGUUGUGGGUCGGGAGGGCUGAGAAGGCUACGGCGACGGGGGUUGUGGAGCUUCUGAGGAGCGCUGGAGCGAGGGUCAGAGCGGUCGAAAAGGGGUUGGAGAAGCUGCAGGUGGAGAAGGAGGAGAAAACGUCGACGUCGGAGGCGAAGACUGCAGACAAGGCCGCCGCGGAUGAGGACCGCGUGUUGAGUUUCCUGAAAGGGUUGGGGGCUCGAGUGCGAGCAACCGAAGGCGGGCUCAUGAAGAAGGCAGGUAUGUGAAGCUCGUAUAACUCAAUAGCAACCAACCCCACGUCAAGAGCUAGAAUGCUGCGACCUGGGCUUAUGUUUCCAAACCAACAUGCCUUGUGCUCUUUCAGGAUUGCACAUGACGCGUGCGUAGGAAUAUAGGGCGCGGAAGGGGGAGAUGGAGGAUGUGACCGUAGAUAAGGAGGGGAAUAGGAGGCUGGUCGAAGAGGUGAAUGCUGUCCGGUUUCCAUGCGGUCAUCGAUGGGCGGCGUGGUACCAGACCUUUAGAUGGAUCAAC